AUGUCGGACGCGAACAAGCUCAAUACGCGCUUUGCGAAGCUAAACGAUACAAACUAUGGGACAUGGGCAAUCCGAAUGGAGGCGAUUAUGAUACGGAUGGGGAUGGAUGAGGUGAAGGCGGGUGCGAAGCUGCAGGAGGUGGGCAUGGCCAUGGUGGCAUUCGAGGCAAAGAAGUCCAAGCGCAACGCAAAGAAAAUGCAAGAGGCGCGCGUCGAACUCAUCCUCACUGUCGAAGAUUCGCAGCUCGCUCACAUGCGUUCGGCGGAUCCGAUGGACAUUUGGAUGAUGCUUGCGCAAGUUCACCGUGCUCUUGGCUUCGCUCAGCCGAUGCUCCCCGGCAUCCCCGGCAUGGAGAUCCAAAUCGAGAUUUGA